UCUCUGCUCACUUCUGUCAGGGUGGAGGAAUGCUGGACAUCCAGAGACAACAAGGAAGGCUGCCCAGAGCAUCGCCAGGCUGCUCCCCUGUCCCGUGCCUUGGGCCUCCUCCUUUGGGAACACGCAGAUGUCAGAAACUGAGCUGGAAAAGAUAAAAGUAAGAACAGCUGAGCUUUUCGAAAAUGAUAAAAAUAACAUUUCUUGGUUAAAGGAAGGAUUAUCCAGCUCAAUUCAAAAUCCUCUUGGAGAUCCUGAUACACAACUCACAAAUGAAAAGCAUGCAGACGAGAAACCCAUUAAUGCUAUCAUUAUAAAUUCAGUAUCUGAAUUCAAUAUCACAGAUGGACCAGCCAAGGAAACCCCCAGUGAGAAAAAACUGUCAGAAUCCAGCACAUCACUGUCCUCCCUUGAAGAAUGCCAAACGAAAUUUUCCUACCUCCAAACUGAUACUUCAGUUCAUCAGAGAGACACUGAUGAGGAGUGUGCCUCCCUUAUCCUCACCUGUCUGUUUUGCCAGUUUUGGGACUGUCUCCUGAUGCUCCCAGAUACUUGUGAAACGGUGUGUACCAACCUGUGCUGCCCCUCUCACAGGUAUCACCACACCUCGGAUGAAAGUCAUGCUCGGAAUGAUUGCAACUGCAACUGUGACAUGGACUGCAGCCUGUUUGAAUCUUGCCACGAGACCACCGAGUGUCUGGAGCUGGCCAUGGAGAUUUCGGAAAUCUGUUACCGCUAG